AUGUUAGAUACUGAUACAUCAAUCGUAUGUCCUAUAGAUACACAUAUUAGAUUUAUUGUAACAUCAGCUGAUGUUAUUCAUGAUUUCUGUGUACCUAGUUUAGGUUUAAAAAUUGAUGCAGCUCCUGGUCGUUUAAACCAAAUAUCUGCUUUAAUUCAAAGAACUGGAGUAUUCUAUGGACAAUGUUCAGAAUUAUGUGGAGUAGCUCAUUCAGCUAUGCCUAUUAAAGUAGAAGCUGUUACAUUACCAGAAUUCUUAGAAUGA